CUGGCGGCGAAUCGCACGCGUCGCAGGGACCCGCUGAACGGGAUGCGCGAGUACGAGGGCGGCUACGACCCCUCCAACCUGCACUACUGGGCCAAGAACGUGGGCGCAGUGCGCGACCAUGCAGUGGCGCGGCUCACCGAGGUGGUGGGCACGGCGUACAACGUGUCCCAGGCCAUGGCGGGGCUCGUGGACGUGGACGUUCAUGAGUCUGUUCGCCAUGGAGCGGUCAUCACGGCCCUCUGCUUGGUGGGCGUGGUAUUUGCCUUUCUCAAGCUGGUCAUUGCGUCCAACAUCCUGAUCACCGUCAUCUGGGCAGUGGUUGUGUUCACCUGGUGCCUCACCUCCGUCUUCCUACUCUCCGCCAUGGCGACACAGCAGUGGCAGCGGAUGAGGUGUUUUCAUGAUGUGGGCCUGCAGCAGCGGGUGCUGCCAUCGCUGCCCUGCUCCGCCACGCACAGCCUUGCCUCCAUCCGUAACGCCGUGCACGCCUCCUCCGCCCAGGCCUGCAGCCUCAUCAACAACACCGUUGCCGCGCAAUACCCCAGGUGCUGCAGCAGAUGCCAGGAGGCCCCUACAGCGCUGUCUGUGUGCCGUACGGCCCUGCCCCCUCCUACACUCCCACCCCCUGCCCCGCAACGCCAUUCCCUGCAGACCUUCGCUAAUAGUCUGUACAGCCCCGCCAGCAGCGGCAUGUCACCGCAUGUGGUGGAGGACGUCUCAGCGCUCAGCGAGGGCGUUGCCGCACUCAACGACUCCCUCGCCACCAUCCAAGCUGCUGUCAACUGCUCCUACGUCCUCGACUCCCUGCAU